AUGUUAAUGAGUGCGAGGCACCUGGCAUAUGUGGUCCUGGAAGAUGUUACAACACAAUUGGCAACUACACCUGCAUAUGUCCACCCGAUUACAUGCAAGUCAAUGGAGGAAACAACUGCAUGGACAUGAGAAAAAGUAUGUGCUAUAGAGACUACCAUUCAGACAAUGGAACUUGUAACGAUGAGCUGCCGUUCAACGUCACCAAGAAGAUAUGCUGCUGCUCUUACAAUGUCGGAAGAGCCUGGAAUAAACCGUGUGAGCAGUGUCCACUGCCUGGAACCAAUGAGUUUACAAUCCUUUGUGGAAGUUCAAGACCAGGAUUUGUCAUCGGAAUCACAGGGGUACCUGAAGAUAUCGACGAAUGCAGAGACAUCCAUGGUCUGUGUGAGUUUGGCCUUUGCAUCAAUAUGAUCGGCAGCUUCAUGUGCGAAUGUCCGCUAGGCUUCCUCUACAACGACAAGCUCCUCAUCUGUGAAGACAUCGAUGAAUGCCAGAAUGGGCCGGUGUGUCAAAGAAAUGCAGUCUGUACCAACAUCCCAGGCAGCUACCGCUGUGAAUGCAAGCCCGGUUACAGAUUCACCCCAACGGGACAGUGUCUCGAUCGCAACGAGUGCCUGGAGAUCCCAAACGUCUGCAGUCACGGACAGUGCAUCGACACGGUGGGAAGCUUCCGGUGCACCUGCCAUAAUGGCUUUAAGACGACUCCUGAUCAAACCAUGUGUGUUGAUGUCGAUGAAUGUGAAAGGCUACCCUGCGGCAACGGGACGUGCAAGAACACCGUGGGCUCUUACAACUGUUUGUGCUACCCAGGGUUUGAACUCUCGCACAACAACGACUGCGUGGAUGUGGAUGAAUGCUCGACGGUUCGUAACCUCUGUAGGAAUGGAAAUUGUAUAAAUACCAUUGGAUCUUUCCGCUGCGUGUGCCGUGAUGGUUACGAACUUACAUAUGAUGGUCGGAAUUGUGUGGAUAUUAAUGAGUGUCUUGUGAACCCAAAUACAUGUGGAGCAGGAACCUGUCAAAAUCUCGAUGGAUCCUACAGAUGUAUCUGCCCACCCGGCUAUGAACUGACA